AAUCAGUGUCAUCACAUUAGCUGGAUAAAAGGCAAAAAUCGUAUGGAGUUCUCACCAGGUUGAGAGAAAGCACUUAAAAUGCACAAGCUGGGUAUUGUGACGCACACCCAUGACCCCUGCUACUCUGGAGGCUGAGGCAGCAGGACUGAAGGUUUAAGCCAGGCUGAGCAGCUUACUGAGACCCUACUGCAAAACAGAAAGUAAAAGGGCGGGGAUGUAGCUCAGUGGUGGGGCCCUCGCCUAGCACAAGGCGCAGGCUUCGAUCUCUAGUACCAGCCGCCGAGAAAAGAAGCCUAAGAAGCAGAAAUGCCUUUGUCCGCAGAUGAUGCAAUACGUUCCUAAAAAGCGUUAAAGUCCACCAAAGCCCAUCCGAAAUAGUUCGCGGAGGUGGCUGGGCAAGGCCAAGCUGACCACGUGCUGCCCCGCCCCUGGAGGAAGGGGCUGGCUUGAUUUGCCUGGUGCGGGGGAAGGUGCGCGGCCGGGGCCUUGCUCCCCGCAGCUGCGGCGGCGAAACCCUCGGCGUGGUCACCACGCAGGCUCAGCUGUCGCUCCCGGCCGCGGGUCAAGGACCAGGCGGCCACACGGAGCGGAGGCGCCCGCGUCUGCCCGGAGCGACUCCACCUCGCCGUCCGCUUUGGGCCCCUGGGGUGGUGGCGAACUCGGACAUUUUUCUUCCCGAGGCUGCGGGCCACAGGGUUUCUAAGGCAACGAGUUGCCUUUUCCUUCGCACACAAGCAGCACCAGACAAAGUGCAAAUCGCGGACUUUCGUCUGCAGAACCCAGGCGUGGUGCGGGGCAGGAGUGGGGUGGGUGCAGGUCGCGGGGCUCUACGCCUGCUCCCCUGCUCUGACUUGCAGGGGACCCUGGGUAAAGGCGUUCGCUCCCCGCCGCGAGUGGGGCGAGGUGGGGCCGGCCCGCGGCCCGCGCCCCGCACCCCUCCGACUCCGGGCCGACCCUUCCGCUGCUCCUCCCCACACGCUUGAUGGAAAAGACAACGUGAGGCUAAGGCCAGACCCCCUGCCCAACGCCCUCAUUCCAGGAGCCGAGGUCCCGCGGGCGACGCCACGACCGUGCGACAGAGGACCGCAGACUUGUCUACAGCCGUCUCUCCUUCCGCGCAUGCGCGGCGGCCCGCGCUCGCGCGCGCACACCAUAGAGUGCCGCCAGCCGGCAGAGGGGCCGAGGCCGGCGCCGCUCCGUCCCUGCUUCCGGCAGCUCCUCGCCGCUCCCGGAGCGGCUGCGGCCGCGUACGCAGUUUCCAUGGGGACUGAAGAUGGCGCCGCGAGGUAAACGGUUGUCCUCGACGCCCCUGGAAAUCCUGUUCUUUCUGAACGGCUGGUAUUAUGCUACCUAUUUCCUGCUGGAACUCUUCAUAUUCCUGUAUAAAGGUCUCCUGCUGCCCUACCCCACGGCCAACCUGGUGCUGGAUGUGGUGAUGCUCUUGCUUUAUCUUGGAAUUGAAGUAAUCCGACUGCUUUUUGGUACAAAGGGAAACCUCUGCCAGCGGAAGAUGCCACUUGGCAUUAGUGUGGCCCUGACCUUCCCGUCUGCCAUGAUGGCCGCCUAUUACCUGCUGCUGCAGACCUACGUGCUCCGACUGGAAGCCAUCAUGAAUGGCAUCCUGCUUGUUUUCUGUGGCUCAGAGCUGCUGCUGGAGUAUGGACAAGAUUUGAAGUGCAAAAGUUUCAGCCCGCAGCACAUGAGGCUGACAGCCCCAGCCCUGAGAAGUGGCGGAUCACGUUGGCUUGGCAAAGGUCGCACAGCUUCUCAUCAGCACCAACACCUGGGCAUCCAGCCCAAUGAGGCCAGUGGGCAGUCUCCUAACCAGGGCCACGGGCUGAGACUCCUCCACUCCACCACAGGGAGGGGCAGGCCGGCCCCAUUCUAACCGCUGUCAGACAGUUCCUGGUGGAUCUCAAGUCCUCCUCUUUGCUCCCCAUGGCCAGAGCCUCUCGUGUGGACCACCGAGGCUCCGUAGGUGCCGUGCCACCGUUGGGAGCCCGUGUGUGGCCACAGAGCAUCAGGAGGUGGCCCCUGGGGGUGUGAACGCCCCUCGCCAUUCCUCCAGGAGGCCGAGCUCCAGGCCUCUGUGUAGCACAGUGUUAUUUUUCUACUCUGAUCACGCAGCAAACACUUUUGUAAUAAAUAUCUAUUUUCUGUUUUGGGGGUGGCAGCUUUUUCCUUACAGCACCUGUCCCUAGAUCUCAUCCCCCUGGAGAGGCCAGACUGUCCCCGGGACGUGUCUCAGGCUGCGCUUGGCAACAGCGCUGAAGGCCCCGCUGAUUUGCUUUUGUGGCUGCAGCCUGAGCAGAUCCCAGGAGGCACCCAUCCCGUCAUCUCUGCGUUUGGUUUUUGAGACAGUCUCACUAUGCAGCCCAGGCUGGCCUUGAACCUGCUUCAGCUUCCCGAGUACUGGCAUGACAGGCGUGCACCACCAUGCCCGGCUCAGAUCCUGUCUUCAUGUCACCUACAAGUCUGCUCUGGGGCUGCCAGCUGGUGUCUCGUCUCUCACUGCUCUUACAGCUGUGGCUCCUUUCCAGGCAGGGCAACUGCAAUUGGAAGCGUGUUCUCAGCUUACCAGAAUGUUCUUUGUGUUUGUUUCUGGGGACAAAACCCAGGGCCUCCUGCAUGCUAGGCAAGCCCUUUAAUACUGAGCUACAUCCCUGGCCUAUUUAAAACUUUUGAAGUAAAAAGAGUACUUUUUAAGCUGGAGGAUGGUGUCCUGUAGAUGAGUGUGUCACUUCUCAGCAGCCAUCUUCAGAAGUGCUCCACAUCUUGGCAGUGGCCAUGGUUUCAGCCCCAACAGGCCACCAGUGGCCCUGAGAGAGCAACCACUUAGGAAGCCUGAGGGCCCUGUCCAAUGUCAGGUGAAUCCCGACCUGCACUGAGCCUCCUGAGCUUGCUUUUUCCGUGGUCUGGCUCGUUCUCGUCCUGUGGUCCUGUGGUCUCCAUGGCCCAGAGCUCUGAUGCCCCCUCAUUCCCCACUGCUCUGUGCCCUGUGGCCUUGCCUCCUGAUGUCCAGGGGUCUACUAGGAACUUCCCCAAAAUUGCCAAUCACAGACCCCAUGAAUACCAAUUUUCUGUUGCUUCUCAUGCUGCUGCUUUGGUUUUGAGCCUUGCUGUGAACUAAUCACCAGCAUCAAACUGGAGGGAACCUGUCCUCCACAACCCAGUCUCACGUAGUGGUUCAGCGGCAAAGGUUGCCCUUCCCACUGCACAGAUGUGAAUGGAAGGUCCAGUUGAAGUGCAGAGGUGGCUCAAGGUGAGUGUUAGCACUAAGGUGCUGCAGAGCUGAGGGAGGAAAGCAGUGCGAGGCGGGCUACUGCCAGGUGGAGCUCCCAGCCCAAGGCGAGGCUGGGUGCAGUAAAUUCUUUUUGCCACAGGAUGAGUCGAAAAUGAGGAUAUGAUCAGAAACGCCUCUUGCUUAGGGUUAUGUGGAAAGCCCACACAUUUGUUCUUCCAGAUGCUGCCAGCACCGCUGUGUGCAGUUGACCACACUGUACAGUGGAAACCGAGGCAGCCCUGGAAGACAAGAAGUCUGUGAGGCUGUGCAUGUUGAAACGCAGGGAAGUCACUGUACGGACCACGGACAUGGAGGCACCCACACUUGACAGCAGCUGCCACAGGCCCUUUCUGCUUCUCACAUGUCUCCAACAGUGGUGUCUGCAGCGGCAUCUCGGGGCUGGGUGAUGUCUGGAUCCAAGGCGGUGCUUUCCUUCCCUACCCUGGUGCUGACUUGGGGAGACCUAAUGUAAUCUCAUGAACAAGUCUCCACUCACUUUCGUCAGAUGCCUAUACCCCGAGAAGGCUGACAGCGCAGGACCAACUUUACCCAGCACGGGAGCUCACAGGCAGCGAUCACAGAGUGCAACUCACAGGCCUGUCUGAAGGUCCCAAUCCUGAAGGCUGUUUCCACUCCUUUCCCAAAUAGCUAGUUAUUACCUCGUCUAUGGUUCAUCUCCUUUUCACUGAACCGCCCUCUCAGGCACCUCACUUUUUAAAAAAUAAAAACUUCUCACAGA